AGGAGGGGAAAGCAGACAGAUGCUUGUGAGUGCCUCAUGGCUGCAGCUGCCUCAGUUCAUUCAUUUAUUGCCUAUUGUAACUUGGAAGCAUUCUUUAGAUCAGUUCAUCUUCUGGGACCAGUCCCUGCCUUCUGGUUAAGGAAUCCAUGCACACAUACAGGAUGACUCAACAGUGGGAUGGAUGUUCAGAUACCAAAAAGGUGCUGGUAACUUGACAGGAACUUCCACAUUCUUUGGAGAGACCUACUGUACGUGAGACCUUUCAGGAAACUGCAGUUUGAAUACAUUGGAUCGUUCCAGUACCUGAAACUUUCACGAUGAAGAGAGCUAGGCAGAAAGUUGUGGCUGAAAAUGAAGCUCCUCAAACAUCACAGAAAAGCAAAAAACAGAAAACUUGUUCAUAUGGCUCGGUGUUUGGUGAAUCUGACUUGCACACCUCAAUGGACUGGGGAAGCCUUCCACACCAUGUUAUUCUGCGUAUUUUUCAAUUUCUACCUUUAGUAGAUCGAGCCAGGGCAUCUUCUGUUUGUCGACGGUGGAAUGAAAUUUUUCACAUCCCAGAUCUCUGGAGGAGAUUUGAAUUUGAACUUAGCCAGCCAGCUACUUCUUACUUAAAGUCUACACAUCCUGAUCUCAUUCAGCAGAUUAUCAAGAGGCAUGCUGAUCAUCUGCAGUACGUCAGCUUCAAGGUUGAUAGUAGUACUGAGUCAGCAGAAGCAGCCUGUGACAUCCUUUCUCAGUUGGUGAACUGUUCUAUCAAGACACUGGGUUUGAUUUCUACAGCAAAGCCAAGCUUCAUGAAUGUCUCUAAGGCUCAUUUUGCUUCAGCACUGACAGUAGUUUUUGUAAACUCCAAGUCAUUAUCAUCAGUCAAGAUAGAUGACACACCACUUGAUGAUCCUUCCUUGAAGGUUCUUGUUGCUAACAACAGUGAUACUCUAAAACUGCUAAAAAUGAGCAGCUGUCCUCAUGUAUCUCCUGCUGGAAUUCUUUGUGUUGCUGACCAGUGUCAUGGACUUAAGGAGCUGGCUUUGAACUACUACAUAUUAAGCGAUGAACUGCUGCUGGCUCUUUCAAAUGAAAAACAUGUUGAUCUUGAACACCUUCGCAUAGACAUUGUGAGUGAAAAUCCUGGACAAGUUGAAUUUCACACUAUUAAAAAGCAAAGCUGGGAUGCUCUUGUUAAACACUCCCCCAAAGUCAACAUUGUGAUGUAUUUCUUCUUAUAUGAAGAAGAAUUUGAUGCUUUCCUCAGAGAGGAAACCCCUGUUACACACCUUUACUUUGGUCGUGCAGUAAGCAAAGCAAUGUUAGGUCGUAUUGGCAUGAAUUGCCCAAGGUUAAUCGAGUUGGUUGUGUGUGCUAAUGGACUUCAACCUUUGGAUGACGAACUUAUUCGGAUCGCAGAGCGCUGUAAGAACUUAACAGCAAUGGGACUUGGUGAAUGUGAAGUAACUUGCAGAGGUUUUAUUGAAUUUGUAAAGAUGUGUGGAGGCAGGCUUACCCAGCUUUCUAUAAUGGAGGAGGUACUGAUUCCCGAUAAUGAUUAUAGCUUAGAUCGACUUCAUUUGGAAGUCUCCAAACACCUUGGAAGAAUAUGGUUUCCUGACAUGAUGCCAACAUGGUAAAUUCUCUACAUUUGUGGAUAAAAUGGUAGAACCAGGGUGUUGCUCUCUAUGCAAAUAAAGAAUUUAAAAAUGAAAUAUGAAAACUUAUUUCCAGAUUUGAGCUUUUCUACAUUGAGAACCUCUAGUAGUGUAACAGCAAAACAUUUGAGAAUGUUAACGGCAUAUUGAGAUAGAAAAUAGGUUAAGUGUGGUUAAGUGUACUUAACACUUCUGAAAGUAUGUCUGUGGUUUACAGGUGCUUCAAACUUCAAUGAACUUGGGUUUCUCUGAGCUUCAGUUUAAAUGUUCCAUCCACAUUAAAGACUUCUUUUUUCAUCUCUUUGUUUAGUCUUUCCGAUGUAGUCGGAAGAGGACUAGAGAAACUUUUUUCCUUUAGCAAGUCUAACCUUAUGGGAAGCUGGAUACAACUUGGAGUUCAGGAAAACCAUAUUAUUUGCCAUGAUAUUUUAUGCAGCUAUUUUGAAAAAUAUUCAUAUUAUAAAUGUAAAAGCUUGUACAUUAUUAUACAUACACUAGCCCAGGUUACUCAAAUAUAAUCUAGCUUAAACUCAUGCUAAUAUAUUAAAAUGUUCUGAUAAAUAAGCUUAUGCUUAUUAUAAAAAGUCCUGGUUUAAAUUGCACUUUAAAUAAUUUUGUCAGAUUAGCUAAACUGUAUAGACUGCAUUGUACAGUAUGUUGUUUUUCUGUUUUGUGCAUUAAAUGGAUGGGGAAAGAGACCUUGUUAAAAUUAAUGAAUUUAAAAGUUUGGAUCUAGAUUGAUUGCUUGGGUGAAUGACAAAGCACUU